GUUUUUCGAAAAAUUAAUUUUCGAUGUUUUUUUGACCUUUCACCCACUCUCACCCACCUCCUACCCCAUAGUCACCUAAUCGACCUUAGAUUCGAGCUUCCCGUAUCGAAAAACCUCGAGGAAUGUGUUUUUCGAAAAAAUAGUUUUCGAUGUUUUUUUGAGCCUUGACCCUUGACCUUUGACCUUUGACCCCGUGCAAGCAAGCAACGCAUUUUCGUUUUUUUCGUAUCACCCUCCUUUCAGUCGAGGGAAUUAUAUUGCUCUACUUUUAGAUAAUUUUCCUUUAAAGAUAAAUAACAAGUAAUUUAUUUUAAUGAUAUUAGUUUCAUCAUACGGAACUGAAAUUCAUCAAGGUUGUAUUCGAUCAAUACAAAUUUCAUCAAAACGAUUUCUUACUGCUGAUGGUCGAAUGAAAGUUAUUUAA